CGUCGCGCCUGAAGCCGGAAGUAUCCGGAGACGGGGUUUCGUUUCGUUGUGUUUACUGCCUCCUCGUCGCUUGUUCUCGGCUGUCGCCGGGGCGGCCGGCGGCGGCAUGGACAGGAAGAAGAAGCCGCUGGAUGUUACGGUUUCCUCGGUGAGUGGCGAAACGGGGAGGGAGCCCAUAGGGUCCCGGGCACACACACACACCGCCGCCUUUGCCCUUCUUCGCCUGCAAAGGUGGCUGAGCUGGAACGGGGCGCUCUGCACAUGCUCGGGGGUACAGUGGUACCUCGGGUUACAUACGCUUGAGGUUACAUACGCUUCAGGUUACAGACUCCGCUAACCCAGAAAUAGUGCUUCAGGAUGAGAACAGAUAUCGUUCUCCGGCGGCGCGGCAGCAGCAGGAGGCCCCAUUAGCUAAAGUGGUGCUUCAGGUUAAGAACAGUUUCAGGUUAAGAACGGACCACCGGAACGAAUAAAGUACGUAACCAGAGGUACCACUGUACUUGGAAAACCCAGCAUUACUACCUUUGGCAUGACAGAAGAAGUUGCCGCCCUUGCACAGAUUGUGAGCCGCCCAGGCUAAGAUGUGGGAAACAAAUGGUUUCUUUGUGCGCCCUUAAGCUCUAAUUUACUUGUCUUUUUUAAUUUUUAUGGUUGUAAGUUGCUUUAAAUUGUUAAUACUGUGGUUUUAAUGCUGUAACCUGCCUCGGGACCUUAGGGUUGAGGCGGGGGGGCGUGUAGUAAGAAUAUCUACCUUUCGACAUUAGGGACAUUAGGGUUGAGCGCCAGGUAUAAGUUAAGCCCCUUUUCUCAUACACCUCAACUGCUCUGCUAAUUCCAAGGGCCUCCCUUGAUGGUGAACCUUUCAGAUUGUCAAGACCAUCUUGACAGUUCCUGGGCUCUUUAAAUGCAAAGAGGUCCUGAUGAGAAUGUAAUUUUCCAGCUCUUUCCGUGUCCUGAUAAUUCAAAUAUUUCAGAAAGCGUUGUUAAGGGGAGCGGAAACCCAAUUAGGUUUUAGGAUCAUUUUUAGGUCUAGCUCACUUCUUCAUUUAAAAAUAUUUUAGCUACCCAGAGUACAAUAAGAUUUUUAUGCUGUUGAUGUAGACAGCUAUCAGACCUGUUCAUUCAAGCCAACCAGAAUGUACUACUCUUAAGUGAAGUACAGACCAGUGUUUUUAGAAGUGAUGCCAUCAUUGGCUCCCAGUACGUUUCUGGGCACAAUCCAAAGUGUUGGUGCUGACCUUUAAAGCCCUAAACGGCCUCGGCCCAGUAUACCUGAAGGAGCGUCUCCACCCCCAUUAUUAUGCCCAAACACUGACGUCCAGCGCUGAGGGCCUUCUGGCAGUUCCCUCGCUGCGAGAAGCGAAGUUACAGGGAACCAGACAGAGGGCCUUCUCAGUAGUGGCGCCCACCCUGUGGAAUGCCCUCCCAUCAGAUUUCAAAGAAAUAAACAACUAUCUGACUUUCAGAAGACAUCUGAAGGCAGCCCUGUUUAGGGAAGCUUUUAAUAUUUGAUGAAUUAUUAUAUUUUAAUAUUUUUCUGGAAGUUGGCCAGAGUGGCUGGGGAAACCCAGUCAGACGGGCAAGGUGUAAAUAUUAUUAUUAUUGUUAUUAUUAUUAUUAUACAUGAAAAUUCUGAGCAGUCGGUCAGACACCUGAGCUAUCCCACUGCUGUGUUGCAGAAUGCUCGGGUAAAUUUUUAUUCACAUUUUUGGGGGGGUUUGCAUAAAAGAAACACUUGGGUAGGCAUGUUCAAUGUCUGAUAAGAUGAUGAUGGAUAUUCUCUUAGGAAUAUAAAUAUUCUGCUUGAUCAAGUAUAUUGAUUGGGAGAGUGAGCUGGGACUGACAAUCUCAUCAAUUCCCUCUGCAAAUCGUUUUUAAAAUGACUGAUUAAAAAUGACAGUGUACACUAUAAUGUUCCAUAAAAUAAACUGUGUUGCAAUUUAGUGUUUUAAAUUGGAGGUUGGAAACCUUUUCAGCUUGGUAAGUUGUGUUCUUACAUCCUCACCUCCCCCCAAGAACCACUGUGAUAGGAGGGAAAUAACAUCAGGUGACCCAUUUUUCCUUUGCUGCCAAGAAUGAUCCCAGUCAAUGCAAGUGUGGCAUAUCAACUGAGUUUUCAAAAUAAUCAAGUUUUAUCUGAGGUAAUCAAAUACCAGUCCUUGACUUUUUGUAAGGCUAUAGAUUAAAGAACAUCUGAAUCUAGAACUGCUUAUUACUCCUAUAUUAUAUUGGGUAUAUUUCUAACCAAACAUCGCAUGGGGUAAAGUUUUGUCAACCCUCACUUUAUUUGCGCUGGUCACCUUACCAGUAUUUUAAUUUUUCAAGGUUGUAAGUAUUUCAGUUGCUGGACUAUACAGUAGUUGCAAAUUUAUGUUCUUUUCCUCUGAGACUCAUUUAAAGUUCUUUAUUGUCUUGCUAAAUGGAAAAUUGUCUUUCUUUUUCACUUUGCUUGAUGCAGCUCAUAGACUUGAAAGCUGAACUUUUCCGAAAACAGGAAGAAUUCAAAAAAGAAAAACUUCUGAAAGAUGCUGGAGUCCCUGUAAAACCCAAAGCAACAAACAAGGUAGAGUUUGUUUACCAUUCAAUCCUAUAACUAUCUGCUCAGAAAUAAGUUUGCUGAAUUCAAUGGGAAUUGUACAUAGGAUUGCAGCCUACAACUUAAUAACCUUGUUGAAUUCAGUGGGACUCUAAUUCAAGAGUGAUCUUCUCCUUGAACAGCUGCCUGAAAUUCUGAACAGUAGUUUGCAGAAAUGUAACAGGCUCAAGGCUAAUGAGCUAAAAAGAUGCAAUUUGAAAAAUUGUGUAAACUGACAUUCAAUAAUUUUGUAGUUCUCUAUAUUACAGAAUAGACCUUCUUGUUUUAAGAAGGAGAGCCUGUAGAACCCCAUGCUAUUGUUAGGCAACUUACUUGCAAACCAUUUAUUACAUUUAGGAAGAGUUUUGUAGGGAUGGAAAGCUUUGGUGCGCUGGAUAUAGGCUAGGGGCCUUAUGUCACACACCUGAGCUCUAAUGUAUUUAGAACUGGCCAGUACUGGAGCCUAGAUGAUGGAAAGAUCUAUCUUUUUUUAAAAAAAACAAAAAAAUAAAAGCCUGCUGGAUCAGGUGAAAAGUCCAUCUAGUCCAGCAUCCUAUUCUCACAGUAGCCAGCCAGAUGCCUUUGGGAAGCACAGAAGUAGAAUCUGAGUGGAACAUCUCACUCCCCUCUUGCAGUUUUCAGCAACUUGUGUUCAAAAGCAUGCUGCCUCUGACAAUGGAGGUGCUGGAUGUCUACGACUAUUUGUGAUAACUGAACUCUGGUAUAGUAUUUAUGUUUCGUUUUGAAAACUUAAUGUUACAGAAGCCAAGCAUUUGGACUAAACAGAAUAAAGGUGUUUCAGAUCGAUCUGAGAAAGAUGCUGAACAAAAGAUAGAAGAGCAACAAACAUUGGACAAAUCAAGGUAAUACUUCUGAGAAGGGAAGACAUAAAAUUUCAUUAGUCUGGUUACAUAUUAUACACUGAACAAAUGUAAAAUAGGACUGUGUGCUUCAGAGUUGAUGCUCAGUUUCUGCUUCUGAAAUUAGUUCUGAACUUUUGCAGCCCUAGGCUUGAAUGCCUGUGCUAUAGACAGUAAUUUCUCUGACACCAAGUGUGUAACCAUUUGUGCAUCUGAUGCCACAGGUUGCCUGUUAAAAUGCAUCUGAAGUCCAUUUCUAAGGGUGUGAUUUAUCAGACAGUUUGCACAUGAGAGAGUUCAGAUUCAGGCAUAUGCUCCUUUGAAAUACAUCCCCAACUUUGUAGGACGCUCAUCAGCAUUUUUGCUCAGAAGUCUCAGUUCACUUCAGUGGGUCAUUCGUCCCUAGGGAAGUGCUCAGGAUUGAAGUCUAUCUGCAAAUAAGAAGAAUAAGUAAUGUCCUUCAUUCUCUGUGUGUGGGGAGUGUAACACUCUUUGCAUUUUGACAAUUAUGUACAGCAUCACAUUCUUGGAGAUUUGGUGUCUUUCCAACUGGAACUAGUAGUAUCCCUCUUUUCCCAUCUCCUUGUUCCUGAGGGCGCUAAGGAACAAAUGGCUUGGAACGCACAGGCAAAUUCAUUAAAAACUGUGGCAUUACAGAAAAGGAAGGAACAAGGAAGGAAGUAAUGUGCACAGAGAAGAGAGAAUUGUGCUUGCAGCUAGGGCUCCUGUUGUUUCUACCAAAAUAAGUUGCUUUAUUAAACCGAAAAAAGUUUCUCCCUAGCAUUGCUAUGUUUUGAUAGUGCCCAUGGCUUUGAUUAUUGCCUUCUGGGCCUCUAGGAAAGCACUGUAGCCUCUUUUUUAAAAAAGUAAAAUUGCCUCCGUGUGAUUCCUCCUGAGAGGUCCUUGUAUAUAUGCAUGCCCAUGAAUGUGUGGAGGAUGUUGCUGUUCUGUCCACAGUUACAUCAGUAGUGACCCAGUGUUAUCACCAUUCCACGCUUGGGAUUCAAAAAUGCCCCUGUUGCUGCUGGUUUAGGUCGCAUAGGCUGCCUUAAGAGGAAGCAGCCUUGACUGCAGGCAAUGAUGUAAGAAAUGAAAUCUUUCUCCCAUAUCUGUAAUGGCAAAAGACUUCUUGCUUUCUCAUGGUUAACUGAAAGGGAUGUGUUCCUGUGUUUUGUAGGCAGAAACUAGAAGAGAAAGCACAGCUCUAUGAGAAGAUGACAAAAGGAGAUUUUCCAGGUGAGUGAAAGCCUUCUUCUUUAUGUACAGCAGAAUUGGCAACUAUCUCCCUAGGAUUGCUUGUUAGACUCUGUUUUCUGCACAUUGUCAUGUAGCGUGGUCAAGGGCAUUGUUGGCAGCCGUAGAGCUGAUUGCUGCAAUUUUAUAUUGACUCCUCUCUCGGCUGGGUCCUUUUGAUAUCUGUCAUUUACAGAUUGAUUUUUCUGUUUUAGAUGAAGAAGCUGAGGAUUUGUACCUUGUGGAUUUCACCCAGAAGAUUAUAGACAAACGGAGAGAAGUACAGGAGCUGUGUGCAAAUGAAGCUGCUAGAAAGGCAGCAGAGGAGGCAAACAGGGAGGAAGAGAGACUUUCUGAAGCAGAAAUGCCACCUCCUCAGGACCCCACUGAAGAAUGGUUUGUGGUUCAAUCUUGUUUUCUAUUAUUUCUCUGCAAUUACUACCAUCAUUCCCAUACCACCUCCCACACAGAGAGCAUCUCUUAAGUGAAGGAUACUACUAAUCUGUAGUUAACUUUCUUACCUAUAAGGAAACAGUAUUCCAUGAGUUUUUCUUGCAAAAGAAUUUCCAGUAUACUAUGCUUUUUCAUAUUAAGGGUGAUUCAGUUGUACGUUUUCCUUGGUUAGAUGUUGCAUGAAUUUCACCCUCUCCUCCAUUUAGAAUAGAGUUCAGUCAUAAUAUUUUUUUGAACAGCAUUUUUAAGUUUGAUUCAUAUGCAGAAGCCAUUAAAUCAACCAGCUGAAAUUCUGUUCACUGUUCUCCUAUCGGAUGUAUACACAUGUCUUAGAUAAACAGCCACCUUUCCCUUUUUAGUAGCAAUAUUUUCAUAAAACAGAAGUGCAUACUUUUUAAAAGCAUUGAUAUUUGUCAGUCUCUCUUAAGACUUCUGUGAACUUGUUGGCCCAUAAGAUCACAACUGCUAUUUUCCUGGCUUGCCUGGAGCUGCUGUAUUUAAGCUUGCGUUACAGAAGUUAAAUUUCUAGAUAUUUCAAUUUACUUUAGAUGUAAAAGCAUGCAUCUUGCAAACAGUCAUCUUAGUACUACAAACAACUCAUAAAUUGUUUUCUGGACAGUCAGUGAAUGUGUAAGAAAAGUGUUGAGAUGCUGCAAGGUUUCUCUCCCUGCCCCCCUGCCCCCAAAUCGGCCCCCAGAGUUGGAAAAAACUCGGAGAAACAUAAAUUGGAUACCUACCAGUAGGUCUCCUGGGGGGUGGGUAGAGAUAGAGAGAGCUACUCCUGGGUCCUUGGCAUUCUUGGAAAAAGCAGCAUAAUGAAAGCAUAACUCAUUGAUAGCUAAUAAUUAGCACUGCAUGCUGGGCCCAUCAGCACUUUGGACAACUAUGUGUCUGUGCACUCUAAAUAAUUUGGAGCAUUAAACACCAAAUAUUACUGCCACUCUUAAUGGGCAGCAUUUACUGCUACUGUACUUGUCUGGAUCUUGAACAGUUUUCGAUAAGAGAAGUAACUGAGAAACCAUUUUACAUAAAAAGAACAUUGACAGACCUUCUGCUUUGCAUUUGUGUUCAGCUUUCAUUAAAAUAGUGGAACAAAUGCAGAAGCGAUCAUUAAAUGAGUCUUUGAAAAAUAUUGUUUCAAAUUUAAUACUUGUGUGGGAAGUCAAUGCUGCAUCAUUAUUUUCGCCACAGGGAGCAGGCACAGUGUGCCAGUUUAGAUGCAUGCUAUUGUACAUUUCUAAUGGUUCUCUUAACUACCUUAUCACAAAAGCUAGCAGCUGAAUUACAGUGAGUUUUUGAAAUGGUGACUCUCAUAAAUGUUGGGAAUGUUGAAAAAAAAGGAAAUGAUGCUCUGUUAAACUUGUGACUGCUAACAUUUAUGGUGAGAUAACUAAAGGAUUGUUCUAUGCAAAGCAUGCAUAUUGCAUGUAUGUAUUUGUUUCCUUAUUUUCUAAGUUAUAAAUCAGACUGUUAACUUCUGUAUAAAGCUGUUUUUCUAUUUAAUUCUAGGGUAGAUUAUGUGGAUUCCUUGGGCCGUUCUAGACGCUGUAUGAAGAAAGAUUUGCCACAUCUGCUUCAAAUGGAUAAAGAGCUUCAGGGGAAGAGGUGAGGCUUGUGCUAAAUUAAAUAGCUGUUGUUUUCUUUCACAUAUGGAAUGGUAGGGUACGGGUACUUGGCCAGUUGGACUCUGAUGGAAAAUGUUCCGUGUUCACAGAAGCGUACAUCCAGCUGCUUCUUUACCCCAUGUCCUAAGCCCCAUGUCCUAAGCCCGGCACAGGUUCCUGAAGAAUCUUGUUUCGUUUGAGCUAAGAGGACACUUGAUUUUUUUUGUAGAGAACAAAUUCUACAUAAAUACAUGAAAAAGCUUCUAGGAGAUGAGCAAGUUGGCAAAUUUGUCUGUGCAUUCUGGUCAAAUCUGUGUUUGCAGCCAAGUUAGCAAUAUUAUAAUGCUUCUUGUCGAGGAUCAGCUUGGAGAAAUCAGGGGUGACUAAUUUUUUCACCGGAAAUGUACUGGGAGCCAAUGUAGGUCUUUCAGGACCAGUGUCAUAUGGUCUCUGCAGCCACUCCCAGUCACCAGUCCAGCUGCCACAUUCUGGAGUAGGUAGCCCCAUGUAGAGCACAUUGCAGUAGUCCAAGCGGGAGAUAACCAGAGCAUGCACCACUCUGGUGAGACAGUCCGCAGGCAAUAAAACUGAAUUUUAAUGUGUCCUAAUGAAACCUAGAGGAGUCUGGCAUUUUCUGUUCUUGGAUAAAUGCAUUUCAAAGCUUUUUGAUCAAGUCAAGGACAUAAUGUUCUAUUAAGUAGAACUUGAUUUGUUUUUCCACUAUUAAGUCUUAUGAUAACCGGGCAAAAUGGGCAUUUUAGGGAAACUAAUCGCAUGAGUUAUUAAGUAAUUGGCUCAUUCAUUUUUUUCCAUAGCUAAGUAGGAAAAAUAAAAAGAUCUUGGAAUGUAACUCUGUUGAUCUGAUGAGGGUAGCUUGCCAAUUGCUUUAUCUUCUUUUUAUUCCGUCUUUGUUUCCCAUCAAGAGAAUGCCUUCUGCAGAGAAAUGUGAUCACUUGGCAGUGGGAGGAGCUAUUUCAUAUAUUUUAAGGAAUUUUCCAGUUUUUUUCUCUUAACAUUUUUUUUUUUUUAGAUAACGAAUGAAAUGCUUUUAAAGGCAGGACUUUACAGUACCGUGUCAGCAGCACAUUGCUCCCUCGAAAUAGUUUCUGAAAGCUAUGUAACAAUUUACAGCAUCGAGUAAUUACAAUCCCUUUAUAUUUGAGUACAACUCAAAGGACAUGUAGAGAAAUGCUUUUUGAUGGCUGCUCUGCAAGUGUCUUGGCAGUUCAGCAGAAUACCUACGCAGAGGUGCUCUAAGGCUCUUAGAGAGCUCCUGUUAUAUGGUAUUGUACUUUUAGAUGAGAUAUACUUAAUUGGUUUUGGGAUUGGUAGGUUUACAACCAUUUCUCACUCACAAACUCUUAAGGGAUGCUUCCCUUCCCCCCUUAGGCAAAUGACAGAAGAGAAGACUUUGUUGUCUGAAGAUAUGAGAAAGGAGCUUCAGCGUCAGCAGUGGGAAAGGGAAGAAGAAGAAGCCCUAAAGAAACCUAUGGGACCAAUGCAUUAUGAGGACAUUAGAGAAAAUGGUGUGUAUUCUAACUGUGUGUGCAGAUUGCCUUGAGAAAUGAGAUGCGCUUCUACUUCCAUUGCAUAAAUAGAUUCAGUUCAGUAUAUCUUCUCGAUCAAGGCCAUAUCCUGAUUUUUUUAGCAAGGUGAUCAUCAGCGUGCAGAAUUCACAGGAUGCUAUAAUUAAAUGUGGGGGAAGUCCCGUAAACUUAUACCACAUAUAAUAAUAAUACAUCACACAUCUUUACCUAAUUAGUGAUUAAAAUGUUUAUAUACUGCUGUAUCAUAAAAUAUAUCACAGCAGUUUACAACAAUAUAUAAAAAGAUAAAGUCAUACAAUAAAAUCAUUAAAAGUUUAAACUCGAUCCAGAGUGAUUACUGUCGGAAGAGCAGAAAUUCUCUGUCCCCAUCCUUCAUCCGUUGAAAGUGGGGAAAAUCCAUUGAAAAAAGGUGGUUAAGAUUGUUGUGAUGUGAGUAAUCUGUGUGUAUUUAGAGGUGUAAUAAACAGGUUACUAUUCCGCUUCAUUAAAAACUGACUUAAGCAAGCACUGUCUUCCUUUGCCUAGGGAGGGCUGUAGGUCAGUGGUAGAACACAUGCUUUCUUUUUUCAAAAGAUCCCUGCUUAAUUCCCUGGCAUCUCCAGGUAGGGAUAGGAAAGACUCCUGUAUGCAGCCCUAGAGAACUGCAGAUCACUCUAGGUAAAACAGAGCUAGAUGGAUUCAGUACUCUUCUGUGUUCCUGUGACUAGUGUUGAAUAUCAUCCUAAGAGGCAACUCUGUGUCCCAAUAUCUCUGUAGUUUAAUGUAGGAUGAAUUCAUAACACUGUACAAAAAAAUCUUCCUUUCAGAGGCCAGACAGCUUGGUGUUGGUUACUUUGCCUUUGCCCGUGAUCAAGCUUUGAGGAGAAAGCAAAUGGAAACCUUAGAAAUGCUAAGAGAGCAGGUAUGAAGUUUAAGUGUUCACAAUUGUGCUGGGGGAAAAUAUAUGUUCCACUGUGGAGCUUUUCCUUGGGUAUUGUAUGGUUGGUGCAUAUGAGCAGUAACCUAAAAUGUCCAGUGUCGGCCUUUUGAAAGACGUGUAGUAAUCGUAGCUGAAUCAAGAACUGCCAAUAUGUGUCCGAAUUAUUAUUGUGACAUCUGUGGGUAAUGAAUCUCCAUGUGUGCAAAUGUAGGGAGAUUAAAACUUCAAAUUGGGUUGCAGUUUAUUCUUUAGGGUGCAGAAAAUUACACAGAAGUUUCCCAAAUAGAUUUCUUAGUGUGACUUCGAUUUAAAAUACUCAUUUCUUUCUAAACCCAAUACCUUUAGUUGUGUGGCUGCAAUGAAAAACUUGUACGUCCUACUGUUUGUUUUAAGACUGUCUCUGAAAUAAGAUUUGAUCAUACCAAGGUUUUAUUAUCAUGCCUUAGUAAUUAUUUGGCCGCUUACAGAAGUGUUUGCAAUAUCAGAGUUUGGAUUUGAAAAAUAUGGGGGGGGGAGAGAUGGGUUGAAAUAAACUACAUGGCUGUUAAGCAGUGUCAGUGUGUGAUUGUAAGCAGUGAAUUAUUGGAAAUAGCAACGUAAAUCACUUGCUACUGACUACAUAAAUCAAUUGUCAUUGACUGUUCUAAGACUACAGACCAGAGAGCAAAACGUGAACAUUUAGCAGAGAAACGUAAGGCUGUUUUGGAAGCCAGGCUGUCCAAGCUUCGAGCGAAAAAGCGAUUGAAAGAAGGUGACACAAAGGAAAAUGGAGGUACUUUCUCUGUAAAUUACUUUCCUUAAAUGCAGAGAACAAAGGAGCCACAUCUGUAUUCAUAAAGCUGAACUGUUAAUGAGGACCUCGUUAAACGCUGAUCAUAAGACCAAUAUUUCAUCUCUAUUGUAUUGCAUUUUUUUCCCAGAUGGUAUUCAGAAUCCAUUUUCUGAGGGUUAUAUCUGACUAAGCAACACUCGCGAGAAGACCCAUUGAAAUAAAUUGACUUAAGUUAGCCAUGAUUUCAUUGGGACUUCUCAGAGUAUGGCUUGCUCAGAUAAAACCUUGAGUCCAAUAUGAUGUUGCAGCUUUUGAGAAGAGUAGAGAAAGAUGUUCACUUAGAGAAUGCAUGUUAGAGGGGGGGAAGUAGUUGGGAAUCAGAGGAUUGUGGGACGUACUGAUACGGCUAAACUUUUUUUUUUUUUUUUCAAUUAAGAGCUCAUAUAUGCCAUCUGUGCCUAGUCUCCAAACUUUCUCAUUUGUCAGAUAUUCAGAAGCCUUUGUUAGUCUUCAUUAAAAUUAUUAGGAUUAUUUCCAUCUACUUCAAGGCACUUUCUGUUGCCAAUGUUAAUUGGCUUCUGUAGGACUGGUGAAGCCUGGCAAAAGUGAAGGUCAUGAUGCAUGCCCAAUAUAGAACCAGGUGGAGAACCUUUUUGACUCCGUGGUCCAGAUUUUUAUCAGUAUCAGCCUUGUGAGUAAAAUUUGACAGGUACACAAAACUGGCCACCCAUCAAAAUCCCCUCUGCAGCUUUUCAAAGUGCUGUUUGAAUCAGUCUCUCCCCUCCUGGUUCAUGUGGUGCUUUGUUCUACUUCUCCUUUAAGUGGGCGGGCAGUAGCAGUAAUGCCCCUUCGCUCCCUGCUUGAAGGAGAAAGGAAAGGGCUUUAAUCUCUGCUCUUCAGCAUAUUAAAUCCUGCUGCAUGAUGCUGCUUGCACCUGGGAACAGGGCAGUGGAACUUAUUCAGGAUUCAACACUGUCAUUCUGAUGGGUGGGCGUAGUUAUGGGGAGAGGGCAUGGCAGGCCAAGAAGGGCCCAUGGACUGGAAGUUCGCCACCUGUGAUAUAAAACAAUUGGGGUAAGUAGAAGGAACUUUUGACCCAGCAGAUGCUGCUGAACUACAACUCCCUGGCCAUUAGCCAUGCUUGCUAUGGCUGUUAGAAGCUGUAGUUCAGCAACAUCUGCAGGGCCAAAAGUUAUCUGAAGUCUAGGAAACAACAAUGAAAUAUUUUCAGUCUUGAUUAGUUCCCCCUCCUUUGUUAUUCCAAUGCAGCUUUUAAAAGAUACAUUGCUAAGCAACUUUUGAGCUAUCUAUUGAAAUACUAGGGCUUUAAUUUAUUUUUUCUUCAAUUUCUUGCUUUGUCGUGAUUUUAUCUACAGCAGUUUUCUUUGCAGGGUGGGGAGUGAACAUCCCAGUGAGAUGCUUCCCCCCCACCCCCAUUAGGUAAUGCUUCAGAGUGUCAACUUGUAGCAUGGCAGUAGCUUGUUGAAUUAUCUCCUGGCUCAAAGUAACAUUUGUUUUAAUAAUCUUUAUUCUCCACGAAAACAGAAGAAGAAGUUGCUAUGCCAGCAGCAGCUGAAUCCAAGCCCAUUGAAGUGCCAAGGGUUUCCGCAGAAAAUAGAAAAGUGGAAGUGAUCAUUCAGGAAAGGAAAGAUACAAAGCCUGGCGUGCCCUAUGUCCGAGAGUGGGAUAGAGGCAAAGGUAAAGACUUGAAAUGUGCAUCAGCUUAGCAUGGUAUAAAAAACCUUUGAAUGGUGAGCUGCUCAUACUGUGUCAGUAUAAUCUCUGCUUCGGUGGGCUGGUGAAGGAAUUUCAUGUUGUAAUAGUCCUGCAUGGGGGGGGGGGGGAAGAAGGCAUAACAUUUCCUGUGGAUUCAAAUCUAAGGUGUUUGGGGAGAAGGCUAUGCUACCUCUGUAUUCAUUAGGCAAAAAUGGAAAACAUUUUAGCCUUACGUUCUCUCUGUUGUGCUCCUUGAUUCCCUUGAGGACUUUUUAGUGAAAAAUUAUCACCUGAAAUAAGAACUUAUUUCAACCGGCGACUUUGUUCUCAAAAUAUUUAUUCCCUACCAAAACCACUAGAGGGCACACCAUGCAAGAGGAAUGUUGACACAUUCAUAGCAUUAAAAUGUGUGUUUUCUUUGUUAGUUCUGCCUCUCUAGUUUAUUGUGGCUAUGCGACAGUGUGACCAAGAUUGAGUUAAUGGAAGAGUUUGAUGGUUAAGCAUAGUAUGUAAAAAAUAAAAUAAAAUUGAGCUUGCUCUUUUUUCACUUCUUCCCGUUAAUAGAAUUCACUUUUGGACUGUGGUCAAAGAAGCAGGAAGAUCUCAGAAAUGAACGAGACCCGGAAUUUGCACCUCCCUCUGCUUAUUUUAUGGGUCAAAAGAGAACGCAUGACUUUAGAAGCCAGAAUUGGAACAAGCCUGGAACCGCAUAUGAAAAAACAGAAACCCUGACAAGAAACCUGCCAUCCCCAUCAACUGAGCCUUUCAGUAGCAGCUCACAGAGCAAUCAGUUCCCCCCUACUCAGGAACAUGACAGUGAACUGCAAAAUCAACAGCCGGCUUACCAAACUUUAGAUGACAUGCUGUCAUACUAUAAACAAGUAACAUGAGCUUUAUAUGUUUUGAGAUUAAUCAGAAAACAGUGUUUGGGAUUCUCACUUUUCGUUUUGUUUUAAAGCUCAAGAGAAAAGGUGUCUUGGUAGGAUAGGUAUCACAUGCCUUUUGUCAUGUAUGCAUCUUACUGCAGCCCUUGUGCUACUUCUGUCACCACUAGCAUUAAAGGUUUCUGCUUUUAAAGAUUAUUGCUAUAGUAUUCUGUAUUCGCUGCCAUUUCCACUGCUGUUUGCAUCACCAUAAAUACGAUGACUAAGAUCCAAGGGCCUCCUUUAGGCACAUCUAAGGCCUUGGACCUGACCAGUGGGAGUGAUGAUUUAAAAAAAAAAAAAUGGUAUGCAUACCCAGAAAGAGGCCGCUAUGCUAUUUUGUGAACUGCUUUUGAAAAUCCCCUUAGUUUUUGAAAUAUAGUUUAUUAUUUAACAUGACAGGCUAUUUUUUGAGAAACACAGCACAUGCCUACUUUUGGCAUGCAGAAUUAGUUGUCCAGGCUUUUGCAUCCCAGCAUUAGAGUAAUUUAGUGCCAACUUGUAGGGUAUAGUAAACAGCAUUCCAUGAAAGGUGUUUUAAAUUAUAAACCAUGUCCACCCCAUGGCAGCUGGCAUUUCUUCACAUCCCAAGCAAAAUAGUGCGUUGAAUGGAAGCCUCUUAAGAUUAGUAUGGUGCUGGUUCUGCUAUCCCAUUAAUCAUUGGAUUUCUGACAGUGCUGACAAAGCAAGCAGUUCAUGUGGGUGAAUGUUACCAGAAGCUGCUAUUUUAAUAUAAUGGAAAGAUUCAGCGGGGUUUUUUCUACCCAUCUCCCUAACCCGAACAGUUGUUUUGUGUUACUUAAAUAUUUAAAGCUGUCCCUUUCACUGAUGCAGAGUGAUUAGGAUGACAACUGGCAGCAAAAUAAAACUGGAUGUGUUUUCCAAUUC